AUGGCUCCACCACAAAGGAUCCUCUUUCCCCCGGAGAAGAUUUGCAUGGACUGGCAGCAAAGGCAGAAAGCUGGAGCAGGCCUCUACAAUGUGGACAAUACGUGCUUCCUCAACUCCGUGCUGCAGUGCCUGACGUACACACCCCCUCUUGCCAACUACCCGCUCUCUCAUGAGCACAGCAGCUCCUGUCGCCAGCAAGGCUUCUGCAUGAUGUGCAUCAUGGAAGCGCACGUUAACAAUGCCUUGAACACCUCAGCCAGCGCCAUCCAGCCCAGGCACAUCAUCAAUGCCCUCCCACGAAUAGGAGGACAUUUCAUGCUUGGCAUGCAGGAAGACACCCACGACUUCUUACGCUGUACUGUCACUGCCAUGCAGAGAGCUUGUCUGGCUGGAAGCAGCGCCUGGGACAUCUCUUCUCAACAUACUACCAUCGUCCAUCAAAUAUCUGGGGGCUUCCUGAGGUCCAGAGUCAUGUGCUGCAGCUGCAAAGCAGUUUCCGAUUCCUAUGAGGCCUUCCUGGAUGUGCCUUUGGAUAUCAAAGCAGCCUCGUCUGUCACUGCAGCUCUGGAGAAUUUUGUCAAAACCGAGCAGCUGGCUGGUGAAAACAGCUUUCGAUGUAGCAGGUGUGACGAGAUGUUUACUGCCCUCAAGAGGUUUACAAUCGAUCGCGUGCCCAAGGUUCUCACGCUGUGCCUGAAACGCUUUGAUUUUUCCGGCAGGAAGAUCGGCAAGUUUGUGCAGUAUCCCCAGUACUUGGAUCUCCGGCCAUACAUGUCUCAGGGAGCUGCAGAACCGCUCCUCUACGCCUUAUACGCUGUCCUGGUGCACAGCGGUGGCAGCUCUCAGGCAGGACACUAUUUCUACUACACAAAGGCCAGCGAUGGACUGUGGUACCAGAUGGACGAUACGCUGGUGGAUCGUUGCGACAUAAACACAGUUCUCGCGCAGCAAGCCUAUUUACUUUUUUAUGUCAGGGCAAGUGCAGAUGUUCUACGGAGGGACCACCAGUCCCCACAGGCCCUGCUGCCCUCCCUAUCAUGCAGUAGCUCCUCUACCCUGGGCUCCCUCUACCGCGUCCCAGACCACUGGCCUGCUGUGAUGAACCUCGCCAAGGAGCUCAUCCGCAUCGUCCAGGACACCAUCAUAGUGACCAAGCAGUACAAAAAGUUUUUGCAAAUGAUGAUGGCCAAGUUGCGAAAGGAAGCCUGUGGUCUCCACGGACUUCACCGACUCCACCUGCUCCACCCGCUCGCUCACCUCCACAGAGUCUGGGACUUGGACAACCGCGCCGAGACAAUACAUCACUGGAGUCCUAUAUUGGUGGUGGUGAACAGAUGCGCCUCUCCCAUUCUCUUGCUUAGGGAUUCUGACUUUCUCUUCCUCUCUGUCCUAUCAACCAUCCCCGAUAUCGACUUCCAAUAUCGGAUCGGGACAGUACCUCAGGUGGGACCGCAGUGUGAGCCCUGCGCUAGGAGCCGUGUAUCCCAAGUGUGA